GUGGUAGACGGGUCUAUUAUUGACAAUCUCUAUUCGGUAUCUGCUGCAGUGAAUGCGCACUAACACUACCGCAGGCUCCGCACUCGGUCUGUCUGUAACUUUGCACUGCUCGGUGUGAUCGGUCGUCUCGCGUCUUAAUGGCUUCGUUCGAGUGACUUAGUUAGUUAUCCGGAGUGAUUGAAAAGAUUGAUUACUACAACCGUGGCGACGAGGUUAAAACGGCGGUGACAUAGUUGGGAAUUAGUUCUGGGAGCAAGCGAUAACGCGACAUCGUGGAUAACAACAACGAAAUGGAGGAUAUAAUCGACGGCCAACAAAUUGUACAGCAACAUGUGCAGUUUUUCAGCCCGGCUUCAUACAACCUUCCUCACUUCAAGUAUAAGCACCUUCCGCCAUCGGAGGUCCGGAACGCUUGGAGUAUGUGGAUUAGGUGGUUCGAGAAUGUCAUGGCAGCGGCUAACGUGUUGGAUGAGACAAGCAAGAAGGUGCAGUUACUGGCUAUGGGAGGCAUGGAGCUACAGUGUGCUUACUAUGGGCUACCAGGUGCUGAUGACGACGCAAACGAGGAAAAUGAUCGUUUUCCUUACCAGAAUGCGAAAUCAAAGUUGACACAGCAUUUUUCUCCGAAGCACCACGACAGUUUCGAACGUUUCCUUUUCUGGUCAAUGGCUCCACAGGAAGACGAACCUAUUGAGAAGUUUGCCUCGAGGGUACAAAUGAGAGCAGAGAAAAUUUGUUUUGGGAAAACUGCCGUUGAAAGUCGUCAUAUUGCUAUCAUCGAUAAGAUAAUACAAUACGCAACGGGUGACCUACGACAAAAGUUGCUAGAAGGAGAGGUCUUGACGCUAGAUGAUACCACAAAAAUCGUAAACGCAUUUCAAUCGGUGCGGUAUCAGUCGGCCAAAAUGAACGGCAACGGAAAGGAAAACCUUACAGUGAACAAUGUCAAACGGUCAGUUGGUAGCUCCAACACUUCUGUAGAAGACAGAAAGAAAUGCCUGCGUUGCGGGUAUAGGGCUCAUCGGCCAGGCGAUAGAUGCCCCGCAGCAAACAAAACCUGCUUACAAUGUGGAAUAGUGGGCCAUUUUCGCACGGUAUGUCGAUCAAAGCAAAAAUCACAGUCGAACGAUGAUUGGGGUACCCGAAAACGUAAACAAAGUUUUACGACUACCAACGACAAGUUUCGUCCAGAGAAACGUGCUAGGAAUGUUUUCAAUAUCAGGGAUAAUAGUGGCGAUGAAUCUCCGGAAGACUUACCGGUUUACAAUGUGGGAAAUGAGGAAGACGAGGUCAUUCAAUGCCGCGUUGGUGGGGUUCAGAUCGCUAUGUUGAUCGAUUCUGGAUCUAAGCACAAUCUUAUUGACGAUACGACAUGGGAAUUGAUGAAAUUACGAGACGUAAAGAUAACCAACCAGAGAGUAGACACCGGUAAACGAUUCUUAGCAUAUGGCCGCAUACCCUUGCAACUUGUUACAACUUUCGACGCCGAGCUAGAAGUAGAUGAUAACGGCGAUUUAUUGAAAACGACAACAUCCUUCCAUGUCAUUCAAAAGGGACAACAGCCACUUUUGGGGAAAUUGACCGCUCAAAAGUUGGGUGUUCUGAAGGUUGGUCUCCCGAGCACUCACUCUUCAUCAGUCAGUAAGAUUGAAAGUUCUACUAAGGCGUUUCCCAAAAUGAAGGGAAUAAAGUUGAACAUCCCUAUCGACAGAACUGUCCCUCCAGUUAUUCAACCAUUGCGACGCUGCCCGAUUCCAAUGUUGGAAAAGGUAGAGCAAAAACUGAACGAGCUCCAAGAAAUGGAUAUCAUUGAAAGAGUGAUGAAACCUACAUCAUGGGUUUCGCCAUUGGUUCCCAUUCUCAAAGAAAACGGGGACUUACGUUUAUGUAUCGAUAUGAGGAGAGCAAAUCAAGCGAUCCAAAGGCUGAAUCACCCACUACCAGUUUUCGAAGACCUAAUAGCAAGGUUUCGCAAUGCCCGAUUCUUCACAUCACUCGAUAUCAAACAAGCCUUUCACCAGGUAGAACUGUCUGAAGACUGUCGCGAUGUAACUACCUUCAUUACGAAUUGGGGGCUAUACCGGUAUAAACGUCUACUAUUUGGAAUAAACUGCGCGCCUGAGCUUUUCCAAAAUCUCAUGGAGAGUAUUCUUGGUGGAUGUGAGAACACUGUUGUGUUCAUAGACGACAUUAUGUUAUUUGGAGAGACAGAGGAAGAGCACGAUGCGGCAGUGAAACGAACGUUACAUGUCUUGAGUCAAUAUGGAAUACUCUUGAAUGACCACAAGUGCAGAUUCAAGCAACGGGAAGUCACGUUUGUAGGGCAUCGGCUAUCAGCGGAAGGAGUAUCACCAAGUGAAGAGAAAGUCAAAUCCAUUUUGUCCUGCAGAGCACCACGCACAAAGGAGGAACUAAGAAGUUUUCUAGGUCUCGUGACGUACGUUUCAAGGUUUAUCCCGAAUCUAGCGACCGUAAACUAUCCUCUGAGACAGCUUUUGAAACAGGAAAACUCGUUUGAGUGGAAAAUGCAGCAUCAAGAGUCUUUUGAUAAAGUCAAAACGCUAAUUGGAUCCGUGGGUAGCUUAGGUUUCUUUGACCCGAAAGAUCGUACAUUGGUCGUUACUGACGCUUCUGGAGUUGGAUUGGGAGCCGUUUUGAUCCAAUUCAAGCACUCUCAACCAAGGAUAAUCAGUUACGCCUCCAAAAGUUUAUCCGAAAUCGAAAAGACUUAUCCACCUAUCGAGAAGGAAGCACUCGGGAUUGUAUGGGCAGUCGAAAGGUUCAGGAACUAUUUGCUCGGCAUUACUUUCGAACUAGAGACAGAUCACAGGCCGCUGGAAACGUUGUUUACUGCAACAUCCAGACCAACUGCGAGAAUUGAGCGUUGGUUGCUGCGAAUUCAAGCCUUCCGAUUCAAAGUUAUUUACCGUAAAGGUUCGGCUAAUUUGGCAGAUUGCUUGUCAAGAUUGGCGGCACAUGUUGAAGAUCCAGAGUGGACUGAGGAAACGGACAUCUUCAUCAGAAGAGUUAUGGUACAGUCAUUAUCCACGCUCUCAACUUUGUCAGAAGGGCAGGGUUUUGAUGCAGAAACAGAAGAAAUGAUCAGGUUAGUUCAAGAACUAGCGGCCAUCGACAUUGAAGAAGUGGUAAGAGCAACAACCUCUGACGAAGAGUUGCAAAAACUCGUCAAAUGCAUAGAAACAGAUAAAUGGGAACAAGAAGAUCUGAAGCAGUAUAAGGCCUUUCGAUUGGAAUUUUCGUACGUAAAUAAGCUGAUCAUGCGAGGAACAAAGCUGGUCAUUCCCGCUACGCUACGUUCAAGGAUGUGUGAGUUAGCUCACGAAGGUCAUCCAGGACAGUCGAUGAUGAAGAGGAGACUUCGUGAACGAUGUUGGUGGCCAGGAAUCGAUUUGGAUGCAGUAAAGUUUUGCGAGAAGUGCGAAGGGUGUCAACUAGUGCAAUCGACAGACCCUCCAGAGCCCAUGAUGCGGCGUGCGCUCCCGGAGAAACCCUGGAUUGACGUAGCACUGGAUUUUCUAGGACCCAUGCCAACUGGGGAAUAUCUGCUGGUUGUAAUUGAUUACUACAGUCGGUACAUAGAAAUCGAAAUUAUGAAUCGUAUCACGGCACAGGAGACCAUUAAGCGCUUACGAAGAAUUUUUAGAACAUGGGGUCCUCCAAGAACAAUAACGCUCGAUAACGCAAAGCAGUUUGUUUCGACUGAGUUUAAGGAGUAUUGUUCAAUUAACGGCAUACAUCUUAACCACACUUCGCCAUAUUGGCCACAGGCAAAUGGCGAAGUCGAAAGACAAAACCGAUCUCUACUGAAACGGAUGAAAAUUGCUCACGCUAUUCAUGACGAUUGGAAGGCAGAACUAGACAGCUACUUAGACCUAUACAACAACACUCCGCACACUGUAACCGGGAAGGCACCAAGUGAGCUGCUGCAGGGAAGAAAGUUGCGAUCUAAACUACCCCGCAUUGACGAUCUUGAGACAGUACCACCAAGCACCGAUUUCAGGGACCGCGAUAUAGCCACAAAAGUUCAGCAGAAAGAGAGAGAGGAUACGAGAAGGCGUGCAAAACCCAGUUCAAUCGCGUCGGGUGAUAUUGUCCUCAUGAAAAAUCUUCUUCCAUCAAGCAAGCUAUCAACGAACUUCUUAAACGAGAAGUUUACCGUAUUAGAUAGAAAUGGAUCAAACGUGACAGUGCAGUCCAACAGUUCGGGAAAACAAUAUAACAGGAACGUUUCACAUUUGAGGAGAUUCAAUGCUGACUCUAAUUGGGCAAACGAAGAACCAACGUUGGAACCCGAAAACGAUCCAGGCAUCCGGAAGGUGGCAGAAAACACAGCGCACCAAGAAACAUCUGCAGUUGCUGUUCCCAACCCACUACCUGUUAGGAGAUCGCUGCGUGACAUCAGACCUGCCAACAGAUUCAGUCCUUAAAGAUAAGUAUACCUUCAAUGUUGAUACUUUAUUCUAAAUCCCAAAAAUAAAUGCUUUAAAAAUAGGUAAAAAUAGGGGAUGUGGUAGACGGGUCUAUUAUUGACAAUCUCUAUUCGGUAUCUGCUGCAGUGAAUGCGCACUAACACUACCGCAGGCUCCGCACUCGGUCUGUCUGUAACUUUGCACUGCUCGGUGUGAUCGGUCGUCUCGCGUCUUAAUGGCUUCGUUCGAGUGACUUAGUUAGUUAUCCGGAGUGAUUGAAAAGAUUGAUUACUACACGGCCUAAAGACCUUUUCGGCCUAAAGACCUUUUCGGCCUAAAGACCUUUUCGGCCUAAAGACCUUUUCGGCCUAAAGACCUUUUCGGCCUAAAGACCUUUUCGGCCUAAAGACCUUUUCGGCAUAAAGACCUUUUCGGCCUAAAGACCUUUUCGGCCUCAAUUCAUUUUCGGCCUAAAACCUUUUCGGCCUAAAGACAUGUUUGGCCUAAAGACCUUUUCGACUUCAUGACCUUUUCGGCCAUAUGACCAAUCCGGUUCAAUGACGUUUUUGGCCUAAUGACUUAUUCGGCCAUAUAAAUACUUUGAUGUAACAAUAUUUUGCGGUCACACGACGUUUUUCCCGACCAAACAAUAUAUCGGCCUGGUGACUUUUUCGACCUAACAAAAUGUUCGGCCCAAUGACCUUUCCAACCUUAUA